AUGAAAUCGAAGAGAAGACGUGUGAAUAGUUACAGCGAUGAUGCACAAGGGGAAGCCAUUUUACCUCCUGAGAUGUUUUGUGAGGUUUUGGCAAGACUUCCUGUGGAAUCUAUACUUCAAUUUAAAAGUGUUUGUAAGAGUUGGUGUAGAAUGAUCCAAAGUUCGUAUUUUGUCGGCUUGCAACUGGGAGUGACAAAGAAUAAACCAUCGCGUUUUAUUGUCCAAUCACAAUGUGAAGUCGAUAUGAGCAACUUAUUUUUAGUUGAUGUUGAGGAUCUCAAGGCUCGAGAGAUUUGCCUUGAGAAAAUCAAGUGCCGUAGUCGUUUUAAGUUUAAGUUGCCUGCCCUUGGAAUCAGAUGUUUUUGCGAUGGUUUACUCUGCAUGGCUUCCAAAAAAAGGCUAGAUCCUGUCUGUAUAUGCAAUCCAAUAACAAGAGAGAGUGUGAUAUUACCAUUAUCCAGGUCAAAAGCACAUCUUGUCCGUCAUAAGCUUGCUUUUGGCUUUGAUCAGUCAGCAGGCAAGUACAAAGUUAUUCGAGAAUAUAGAACUAGUAGCAAUAAGCAUCUCAGCAAGUUCCAGAUAAUUACACUUGGAGAAAGUUCUUGGAGACAGUUGAACCCCUCACAAAACAUAUGCUCAUCUGAUUUGGAUGCUGCAGUAUUUUGGAAUGGAUCUCUCCACUGGAUAAUAGAUGACAAAACUAUUGAUGAACCUAUUCUUGCAUUUGAUCUAAGCAGUGAGACUUUCUAUACCAUUCCUUUUCACAGGCUGUGCUUUUCUCGCGAAUGUUAUGAGUUACAGGUCUUGGGGCCAUAUUUAACUAUAGUGGAACAUGACAGUCAUAUGAUUAAAAUUUGGGAAGUAGCUGGGAACAAGGUCAAAGGAUUUUCUGUCAACUUUAGAGAGGAGCAUGAUACAUAUGUAUGUUGGAACAAGUACUUCUUCUAUAAAACAAUUUCUCAGCUUAGCGACAAGAGUUUCAUGUUACAGGUAUGCAUUACAGAUAACAAAAAUGUCAAAAAGGAUUGGUUUACGCGUUAUGUCCCUGAAAUGGUGCAGUACUUCCACCAAGACAUCCAUGGCCUUCCUGACCAUUUCAACACUGUUCAUUUCAAGCCCUCCUUUGUCUCUCCUAAUGCACUCCUUCCUGUUCAAAGUCAGCUUCCUGUGUUAAAAAGCGCAUAA